UGAUGCACCAGGCAGAUGUUCAGCGCUCAUCAUCUACCACAGCUUGACUGCAGUCUCAGCACAAUUUGUCUUCAGCACUCCCCUAAAGUUCAGGUACGCCCUCUGCUCGAGUGUGUGUCGGUGUGGUCGGAGCGUGCUCGCGUGUGUUCAUGCGUGUUGGAAGCAGGUGGAUGACGGAUGCGUCUGCAAGCUCUCUGCUUUUCGUGAGUCCGGAGCAUUCUGGAUAUAAUUCCUCCCCUUUGGAUACGGACACACAUCAGGACGACCGCCGUCAAACAUCCCGGUGGUCGUCAUAGCAACAGUCACACUGCAGGACUGCGAGCCAAAAUUUCAGUCAGAACGUCUACAUCUGAAAUUCAUUACAAAGAUGAAAAAUGUUUCAUCUGUUCUGGGAUUUUCCACUGAGGAGACAUUAAGACAGGGGAAUGUGGACGCAGGAGAGAACGUGUCUCCGUCUCCUGCACGAUUCCCUGUGAACCAGCAGCUUCCAUCCUAAAGAGCAGAGAAGCAUUUACUGCCCGUAACCGGUAGGAUGGUAGCAGGGGAAGUGAGUGGGCACAGCUUCCUGGUGGCAUGCUGGCAGCCCAUUCUAAUCUUAAUGCUGGGCACAGUGCUGUCUGGCUCUGCCACGGGCUGCCCAUCACGCUGCGAGUGCAAUGCUCAGGAGCGUUCUGUCUUGUGCCACCGCAAAAAGCUGAUGUCCAUUCCAGAGGGAAUCCCAUCUGAAACACGACUUCUUGACCUCAGCAAAAAUCGAAUCAAAACCAUCAACCCAGAUGAGUUCUCCACCUUCCCGCAGCUGGAAGAGCUGGAGCUCAAUGAAAAUACCAUCUCGACCAUCGAGCCAGGGGCCUUUAACAACCUCUAUGGCCUGCAGACUCUGGGACUGCGCAGCAACAAGCUGAAGCUAAUUCAGCUGGGAGUGUUCACGGGCCUCAGUAACCUAACAAAGCUAGACAUCAGUGAAAAUAAGAUCGUAAUUCUGCUGGACUACAUGUUCCAGGACCUCUACAACUUGCGCUCUCUGGAGGUUGGGGAUAAUGACCUUGUCUUCAUAUCCCACAGGGCGUUUCACGGCCUCAGCAGCCUGGAGCAGCUCACGCUCGAAAAGUGCAACCUGACCUCUGUCCCGACAGAGGCCUUCACGCACCUGCACAGCUUGGUCACGCUGCGCUUGCGAAACCUCAACAUCAACAGCAUCAGAGACUACAGCUUCAAGCGGCUCUACCGUCUCAAAGUGCUGGAGAUUGCCAACUGGCCCUACCUGGAUACCAUGACCACCAACUGCUUGUACGGAUUGAAUCUUACCUCCCUAAUCAUCACUAACGCUAACUUGACAUCAAUUCCGUAUUUGGCCUUGCGGCACCUGGUUUAUCUUCGUUUCCUAAACAUGUCCUACAAUCCCAUCCAGAUGAUCGAAGGCAACCGGCUCCAUGACUUGCUCAGACUGCAAGAGUUCCACCUGGUGGGCGGUCGACUGACAAUGAUUGAACCCUAUUCCUUCAGAGGACUGAACUACCUGAAGGUCCUCAAUGUGUCCAGCAACUCCCUUACCACCCUGGAGGAGUCUGUGUUCCAUUCGGUAGGGAACCUGGAGACCCUCGCCUUGUAUGACAACCCACUGGCUUGUGACUGCCGUCUGCUUUGGGUUUUCCGACGUCGCUGGAGGCUCAACUUCAACCGCCAGCAGCCGACUUGCUCCUCUCCCGAGUUCGUCCAGGGAAAAGAGUUCAAGGACUUCCCUGAUGUGCUGCAACCCAAUUACUUUACUUGCCGCAAGUCUAGGAUUCGAGACCGAAAACCCCAGCAGAAGUUUGUUGAUGAAGGCACCACCGUCCACUUUGUUUGCCAAGCAGAUGGAGAUCCGACCCCGGUCAUCAUGUGGCUUUCCCCACAAAAACAGUUCAUCACCAUGAAAACGAUAGGACGGCUCACUGUUUUCCCGGAUGGCACCUUGGAGGUGCGCUAUGCUCAGAUUCAGGACAAUGGGACAUAUGUGUGCAUUGCUAGCAAUGCUGGUGGAAACGACACCGCUUUGGCCCACCUGCACGUCCACAGUUACUCACCAGACUGGCCCAACCAACCCAACAAAACCUUGGCGUUUAUCUCCAACCAACCCAACGACAACGGAGCCAACGGAACAAGAGCAACAGUGCCGUUCCCAUUUGAUAUAAAGACGCUAAUCAUCGCCACCACAAUGGGUUUCAUCUCCUUUUUGGGUGUGGUUCUGUUCUGCCUUGUUCUGCUCUUUCUUUGGAGCAGAGGCAAAGGCAACAGCAAACACAACAUUGAGAUAGAGUAUGUCCCACGCAAAUCGGACGCUGGGAUGAGCAGCAGCGGCGCCGAUGCCCCUCGGAAAUUUAACAUGAAAAUGAUAUAAUCCAGCCAGGGAGCUCAAAAAACCCUUUCAAAACCAGACUCGUAAAGACAAAAACAAGAGAUUCCCUGCCUGAACAACCUCUGGCUCUGACGAGCUCCCCAUAGAGGAGGGGUGUUCUUCCCCCUUUCUAAAGAUGGAUGUGCGGCACAGGGGUCGGUGCUUUUGUUCAAUAUUGAACAUGGGAGGGGGAAAAUGUCCUCAUGCGCACUCCUCUGUGAUGGCCGCUUAAACUCAGCCUACGGGGACCAAUAUGUUUCAGAGAGGAUUUUGUUUUAAAACACUUUAGUUCCUUUGGAUUUUUAUGGGCAAAAAAAAAAAAACAUGGAAAAAAAGGAAAAACCGAACCUCCGAAAUGUUUUGUGUCGACCUCCAGAAUGCAAAGGCAGAGCAUCCUUCUCCCUGCUGUCCUGCUGCCUGCAUCCUUUUUGUUUGUUUGUUUAACCCAUUCUUUUCUCGUUUUCUACUGAAUAGUUUUAUGAGAGAAUAACAGUAGAUAAUUCAGGGUGAAAAGCACAUUUAACAAACCUUACAGCUGCCCAAAUUCGUCUUCCACAUUGUGUCUAACAACAGAAUGUGGAAUAAAACAUUUCUAUUCCUGCCAUAGAGAAAUAUGUGUAUAGUACAACUUUCACAGCGCAUUUCUUUCUUUGUAUCUGUUAUCUGCUGUUUGGUUCUCUUUUCGAAUUCGGAUUUUAAUGCACUUGUUGGAUAAGCCGAGGGAAUUUUAUGACUCAAGCAUCUGGAUAAACAAGUACAGGUUGUUUAUUGUUGGAUUAAUGGCUAGGCAAGUGAAAGCAUCGGUAAUUAUGUGACUUUUGUUGUGUGUUUUGCUUUACGUAGAAAUGAUCGCUGAAGCCUGCAGUGAGCAUUUCUGUAGUGCCUGGUCAGGUUUAAACCCAUUUAGCGGCACUGCAGCAUCGCAUUUUUAUAUAACAAACCCAUUCCAAGUCACUUGAGAAGCUACACCGAGAAUGUAUAGCUAUCUCAGAGUGUGUAUGUGCGAUAGCGAGCGAGCUCCUAACAGAAUCAAUCAUUUCAUCGAAAGGUGAGAGUGUUAAUAUGCUCGACAGCACUCAAUCACCUUCACCUGCGGCUGCCGUUGGGUCUCACACAUGUCUCAUGCUCUCAGAUCUGUCUCAUGGGUCUUACACCUGUCUUACGGUCUCGCGUCUAUCAAACGGUCUUAGUCUUAGACCUGUCUUAGAUCAAUUUUUCUUUACAUUAUAUAAAGCGUCAGUACCCAAAGAAACGGUUUUAAAAACACCCAGCACAACGAAGGACUCCGACCGUGCUGGUUUGGUUACGAAGACAGAUGUCUACAUGUACAAGGGGAAUUCGGUGAGGAGGAGCGCUCUAGGAUAACAUCGUUUCGCCACUGUUUCCACGGGAGGUAGGCUUGUUUUACGCUGAAAAUAGAGUACAGUUGCGCAGUCCUAGAUAGAGACCGGUUAAAACGGACUGGUUUUUGUGCUGAAAUGCAACGGUUAAAUGAAUUCGCUCCACAGUCCAGCUGUGUUUUAAAUGUGCGUUUAAUCUGGGCCAAGCAGGGCAGGUGAUUUCUGUGCAAGGACACUGAGCUGUGUUUAUGCACUGGAUUUUGCUUGGGUCUAGAUGGGUUUCGCCUCACUAAGUGGUUUCUACUGCUGACUGGGGCUGCAGAUGGAGAAUUUGCACAGAUGGUUUAACCCUUACUGAUCCACUUUAUCGUUAAUCCGACACAUGCACACACACACACACACCUGAAUCUUUCUCUGAUCCUCUGCCUCUGUGGUCUACCUGCUGUUUUCAUUCUAUUAUGUCGAAUAAAUCUUUAUAUGACCUC